CUGUUCAGAGGUACAGUCAGUCCAGAGUCAGCUCACUGUCUUCCCUUCAUCUGACACGCCCACUAUUUUAGGCCUGCAGAGAGCUUCUCCAGCUUCUGGCAGCAAGUUCUUGUCUAGAACGUCUGUAAGUUAAAACCGAGAAGUAGCGCUUCAUAACCCUUUCAUCAAAGCGGGUCGCUGGUGUGCAGCUGCUGUAAAUUAGCUCAGAAAAUUUCGAUUAUCCAUGGAGGCUUAUCAUAAACCUGAUCAUGCGACCCUGCAGACUUUGAAAGACAUAGCAAACAGGCUGAGAAUCAGCUCCAUUAAGGCCACCACUGCUGCCGGCUCAGGACAUCCAUCAUCAUGCUGCAGUAUGGCUGAGAUCAUGUCGGUGCUCUUCUUUCAUGUCAUGAAGUACAAACCUGAAGAUCCCAGAAAUCCCAGCAAUGACCGCUUUGUUCUGUCUAAGGGACAUGCUGCUCCAGUUUUGUAUGCUGCCUGGGCUGAGGCUGGCUUUUUGAAGGAAAAUGAGUUGCUCACUUUGAGGAAACUUGAUUCUAUUCUGGAGGGCCAUCCUGUUCCUAAACAGCCUUUUGUUGAUGUUGCUACUGGAUCCUUGGGUCAGGGCCUUGGUGCUGCCUGUGGUAUGGCUUACACUGGGAAAUAUUUUGAUAAAGCUAGCUAUCGGGUGUACUGUGUGCUUGGAGAUGGAGAGGUAUCAGAAGGUUCCGUCUGGGAAGCCAUGGCUUUUGCUUCCUACUACAAAUUGGACAAUCUUGUCGCUAUCCUUGACAUCAACCGAUUAGGACAAAGUGAGCCUACCCCACUUCAGCACAAAAUGGAAGUCUACAAGAGUCGAUGUGAAGCAUUUGGGUGGAAUGCCAUUGUUGUUGAUGGCCACAGUGUGGAAGAACUAUGCAAGGCCUUCUAUCCAUGCAAGAAAAAGCCACUUGCCGUUAUUGCAAAAACUUUUAAAGGACAUGGAAUCCUAGAUAUCAGUGAUAAGGAAUCAUGGCACGGUAAGCCUCUUUCUAAAGACAUAGCUGAGAAAGCCAUCAAGAAUCUUGAAAAUGAAAUCCAAAGUAAUAAGAAACUUAAACCACAAUAUCCAGUUGAAGAUGCACCCUCAGUGGAUAUUUGCAACAUUACAAUGGAUCCGCCAACCUAUAAAUGUGGGGAUAAGAUAGCAACACGCAAGGCUUAUGGGACAGCACUGGUAAAACUAGGUAACGCCAAUGCCCGAGUAAUUGCAAUGGAUGGAGACACCAAGAAUUCUACCUUCUCAGAGUUGUUUAAGAAAUCGCAUCCAAAGCGUUACAUUGAAUGCUUCAUUGCUGAACAAAAUAUGGUCAGUGUUGCUGUGGGCUGUGCAACACGCAACAGGACUAUUGCAUUUGCCAGCACAUUUGCUACAUUUUUCAGUCGAGCUUAUGACCAGAUCCGAAUGGCAGCUAUAUCUGAAAGCAACAUUAAUCUGUGUGGCUCACAUUGUGGUGUUUCCAUUGGAGAGGAUGGACCUUCUCAGAUGGGCCUGGAAGAUUUAGCAAUGUUCAGAGCCAUUCCCACUGCCACAGUUUUCUACCCGAGUGAUGCUGUGUCUACAGAAAAUGCUGUCAGACUUGCUGCACAAACAAAGGGUAUUUGCUUCAUUCGAACCAGUCGUCCUGAAAAUGAGGUUCUGUAUGAAAACAAUGAACACUUCCAAAUAGGACAGGCUAAGGUGGUUUUAAAGAAUACGAAUGAUGAAAUAACCUUGAUUGGUGCUGGAGUUACUUUGCACGAGGCACUGGCUGCAGCAAAGGCUUUGCAGAAAGAACAAAUCAACGUCAGAGUGAUUGACCCAUUUACCAUAAAACCGCUGGAUGCUAAAACAAUAAGAAAUAAUGCUAUUGAAACUGGAAAAAAUAUUUUGACUGUGGAGGACCAUUACUAUGAAGGUGGUAUAGGAGAAGCAGUCAUGGCUGCAGUAUCUGAUGAACCUGGUAUAGCUGUCCAUCGUCUGGCAGUGUCAUGUGUACCAAGGAGUGGUAAACCAGUUGAGCUGCUCAAACUGUUCAAAAUUGAUAAGGAUGCUAUUGUUGAUACUGUAAAGCGAAUAUUAAAUAGGGUCUAAUAAUGCAUUCUGUGGUGCUACAGCUUACUCAAAGUAUUUGUUGUUUAACUUUACAACCAGAAUUAUUUACUCAAUAAACUACUUCCAAAGGUUCAAA